ACACUGACUGGCGCCCAUGCCUGCCCCAGUUCAAGGCGGCUUUCGGCUGCUUCGUCUUCAGCCCCGAGGAGGAGAAGGGCGUCGACUGCGUCGCCCAGUUCCGCAGCAUGCAGGAGUGCUUCUCUCGCCACUCGGAGUACUACUCCUCCGGCAGCAAGGACGACGCCCCCAAGGAGUGA